AUGUCACAUCACCACGACCACUCGCACUGCCACGAUGAGCACCAUGAUCAUGGCGACGGCCACGAGCACGAUCACACCGACGACAUCACACCCGCGCUCCAGAAUAUUCUCCACGAGCAGAUCGACUUCAGCAAGCUCGUGACGCUCAACGAAGACGAAUCCAACAGCGGCCGCGCAAUCUGCCAGAAGACAUGGGCACAACGACUCGAACCCGAGCCCGAGCUGAAGAGUUCAGCAGACGAGCAGCUGUUGAUGAACGUCCCCUUCACCGGACAGGUCAGGCUGCAUAGCAUACUCCUUCGCACUUCGAAUUCGCCCUCAUGUCCCAAGACUCUCAAAGUCUUCGUCAACGAGGAUAGCGUGGACUUUGAGACGGCCAGCGAGAAGGAACCUACACAGACGCUCGAGGUCAGCCAGACCAACGAGGUGCAGGAAAUCCCCGUCAAGCGCGCAUACUUCAACACGACCAGGAGUCUGGCGCUGUUCUUCGAGGACAAUUGGAGUCUUGGCGAAGAGGACGAGACGAGGAUCAGCUAUCUAGCGUUCAAGGGCGACUUUAUGAAGCUGAAUAAGGAGCCAGUUAGUGUGCUGUAUGAGGCGGCGGCGAAUCCGAGCGAUCACAAGAACAUCGUGGGCAUUGGGCAGGGGGUGGGGAGAAGUAUUCAGUGA